AUUUACAACAAACACAAUACAGCGCCAACUCCUUCUUCCUUUUCCUCUUCUUCAUCCUCCCAGCUGUCUGUCCCUCUUCGAACUUCAAAAUUCCCUUUUUAACCUUUUUCUGAUUAAUAUAAUUGUAAUAAUAAUAAUAAUAAUAAUAAUUCUUCCAGCUCAUAAACUCUCUUAUCAAUCUUAAAAUUCAAUUAAACAAACAUCCUUAGUUCAAUUUUCUUUACAUGUCAAUUCAAUCAGACAUUACAAUUACACUAUCAUCAGCAUCAUCGUCAUCGUCAUCGUCUCUCUCGAAUUCGAUCGAUCCAAUAAUCUGAUUGGCAAAUCCGUAAUUACACCCAAAAGCUGGGUGCUAAUCAGUCCCGGUCUCACCCCCAGGCCGGCGUGGGACUUUGGUUCUUUUUCCGUUCCAAUAAUGUCCCUCCCUCUCACACCCUUCACUACCUAGAACACCACAAUCAGCCCUCCCUCACCCGUCACGCGCCCCCUCCGGCAAUGGAACCUUCUAACCCUAACACUCCUGCUCCUCCUCCUCCUUCUAAUUCCAGUUCUGCCCCUACUCAAGAAGAACCUGAAUAUCUCGCGCGUUAUCUCGUAAUCAAACACUCUUGGCGUGGUCGAUAUAAAAGGAUUCUAUGUAUAUCAAAUGUUUCGAUUAUUACUCUAGACCCUAAUUCUCUCUCUGUUACCAACUCUUAUGAUGUUGCUAGUGAUUUCGAAGGUGCUUCUCCGAUUGUUGGCCGUGGUGAUGAGAAUUUGAAUUCUAAUCAUGAGUUUAAUUUGAGUGUGAGAACUGAUGGUAAAGGUAAAUUUAAAGGGAUUAAGUUUUCUUCUAAAUUUAGGGCUAGUAUUUUGACUGAAUUGUAUAGACUCAGAUGGAAUAGGUUAAGUCCUGUAGCUGAGUUUCCCGUUUUGCAUCUUAAGAGGAGGAAUGGCGAUUGGCUCCCUUUUAAAUUAAAAAUUACUUGUAUUGGAGUUGAAUUGAUUGAUUUAAAAUCUGGGGAUCUACGCUGGUGCUUGGACUUUAGAGAUAUGAAUUCCCCUGCCAUUGUGCUCCUUUCUGAUGCUUAUGGAAAGAAAACAAGUGAUUAUGGAGGAUUUGUUCUUUGCCCUUUGUAUGGAAGAAAAUCAAAAGCCUUCCAAGCUGCUUCAGGGACCACAAAUACUGCAAUUGUCUCGAAUUUGACUAAAACUGCCAAGUCUACGAUUGGGGUAUCACUAUCUGUGGAAAAUUCUCAAACCCUGAGUGUAUUCGAGUACAUAAGGCAAAGAGCAAAGGAGGCAGUUGGAGCAGCGGAAACUCCUUGUGGGGGUUGGUCUGUAACACGGUUACGUUCUGCUGCUCAUGGAACUCUAAAUGUUCCUGGAUUGAUUUUGGGUGUUGGCCCAAAAGGGGGACUUGGAGAACAUGGUGAUGCUGUAUCUCGUCAAUUGAUUCUGACAAAGGUUUCACUUGUGGAAAGACGCCCUGAAAACUAUGAGGCUGUUAUUGUUCGUCCUUUAUCUGCAGUAAGCUCGCUUGUCCGAUUUGCUGAGGAACCCCAAAUGUUUGCUAUAGAAUUCAAUGAUGGGUGCCCUAUUCAUGUUUAUGCAAGCACGUCUCGUGACAGCUUACUUGCAGCAGUUCGGGAUGUUUUGCAAACAGAAGGUCAAUGCCCAGUUCCUAUAUUACCAAGGCUUACGAUGCCUGGUCAUCGUAUCGAUCCACCUUGUGGGAGAGUUCAUCUACUAGCAGGACCACAACAUCCCAUUGCCGAUAUGGAGAGUGCAUCCAUGCAUUUGAAACACUUAGCUGCUGCAGCUAAAGAUGCUGUUGCUGAAGGCGGUUCACUUCCUGGUUCAAGAGCUAAACUGUGGCGUAGAAUCAGAGAGUUCAAUGCUUGCAUUCCAUAUAGUGGAGUUCCUCCUAACAUUGAAGUGCCUGAGGUAACUUUGAUGGCCUUGAUAACAAUGCUACCAGCUACACCAAAUCUUCCUCCAGAGUCUCCUCCCCUGCCACCUCCUUCUCCUAAAGCAGCUGCAACAGUAAUGGGUUUCAUUGCAUGUUUACAUAGAUUAUUAGCUUCAAGAACUGCAGCUUCACAUGUAAUGUCAUUCCCUGCUGCUGUUGGAAGGAUUAUGGGUUUACUUAGAAAUGGUUCAGAGGGUGUAGCAGCUGAAGCUGCAGGGCUUGUUUCGACUCUGAUUGGUGGUGGUCCAGUGGAUCCUAGUUCAUUAACUGAUUCUAAAGGAGAGAGGCAUGCCACAAUAAUGCACACGAAGUCUGUCUUGUUUGCUCAUAAUGGUUACGUUAUUAUCCUUGCGAACAGAUUGAAACCUAUGUCUGUAUCACCUUUACUAUCGAUGGCUGUUGUUGAAGUUCUAGAGGCUAUGAUAUGUGAACCACAUGGCGAAACAACCCAGUACACGGUGUUUGUUGAAUUGUUACGACAAGUAGCAGGUUUACGGCGUCGCUUGUUUGCUUUGUUUGCUCAUCCUGCUGAAAGUGUAAGAGAAACAGUUGCUGUGAUCAUGCGUACUAUUGCAGAAGAAGAUGCAGUUGCAGCAGAGUCCAUGCGUGAUGCUGCUUUGCGAGAUGGUGCCUUGCUGAGGCAUUUAUUACAUGCUUUUUACCUUCCUGCUGGUGAGCGACGUGAGGUUAGUCGGCAACUUGUUGCUCUUUGGGCCGACUCCUAUCAACCAGCUCUGGAUCUAUUGUCUAGGGUUCUGCCUCCUGGCCUUGUUGCUUAUUUGCACACACGUUCUGAUGGAGUUCAAUCUGAAGAUGCUAAUCAAGAAGGUUCACUGGUUAGUAGGAGACAGAGACGCUUGCUUCAGCAGCGGAGAGGUCGUGUCGGUAGAGGAAUUACAUCUCAAGAUCAAUCUCUGCCUUCUGUUAAUAAUUAUGAAGUUGGUGAUCCAGUGAGACAGGCAAAUUCUGGUGGUUUUAAAGGAUCAGAUAACUAUCAUAGAUCUGCUGUGGAUCCACAUUCUGGACAACCUUCUACUGUUCACACUAUUGAAAGUUUGUCCAGGGAUGUUCAGUCUGUAGGAUUGUCUCAAAAUGGCCAAGGACUUCCUUCAGCUGAUUUACCUUCUAUCAAUAUGCAUGACACUGCAGAGCCUGGUGCUUCUAAUUUAGUUGAUUCAGAUGUUCAUGGGGCUAGUCCCCAGAGCACAGGCCUUCCAGCUCCUGCACAGGUAGUUGUGGAGAACACUCCUGUUGGUUCUGGUCGUCUACUCUGUAACUGGCCUGAAUUCUGGCGAGCUUUUAGUCUUGAUCACAAUCGUGCAGAUCUAGUCUGGAAUGAGCGCACUAGGCAAGAACUUAGGGAGGCUUUGCAGGCUGAGGUUCAUAAACUAGAUGUAGAGAAGGAACGUACUGAAGAUAUUGUUCCAGGAGGGGCUAGUACAGAGAUGAAGACUGGACAGGAUAGUGUGCCACAGAUAUCUUGGAACUAUUCUGAGUUCUCUGUGAGCUAUCCUAGCUUGUCCAAAGAAGUAUGUGUAGGUCAAUAUUAUCUGCGUCUGCUGCUUGACAGUGGCAGCAGUGGCAGGGCACAGGAUUUUCCACUUCGUGAUCCUGUAGCUUUCUUUAGGGCACUUUAUCAUCGGUUUUUAUGUGAUGCAGACACAGGACUUACUGUAGAUGGUGCUGUUCCUGAUGAAUUAGGCGCAUCUGAUGAUUGGUGUGAUAUGGGAAGAUUAGAUGGUUUUGGAGGAGGAGGAGGUUCUUCCGUAAGGGAGCUUUGUGCAAGAGCAAUGGCCAUUGUCUAUGAACAACACUGCAACACAAUAGGUCCUUUUGAGGGUACUGCACAUAUUACUGUUCUUCUAGAUAGGACAGAUGAUAGAGCUUUGAGGCAUCGCCUUCUCCUCCUUUUGAAGGUUUUAAUGAAGGUUCUGUCUAAUGUGGAGGAUUGUGUUGUGGUUGGAGGGUGUGUGUUGGCCGUUGAUCUGCUGACAGUGGUUCAUGAAGCUUCAGAAAGAACUGCUAUCCCUUUACAAUCUAAUUUAUUGGCUGCUACUGCAUUUAUGGAACCACUUAAAGAAUGGAUGUUCAUCAACAAGGAUGGUGCACAAGUGGGACCUGUGGAGAAGGAUGCCAUUAGAAGGUUUUGGUCAAAGAAAGAAAUUGAAUGGACAACAAAAUGCUGGGCAUCUGGGAUGGUGGAAUGGAAGAGAUUGCGUGAUAUUCGUGAACUUCGUUGGGCAUUAGCUGUUCGUGUUCCUGUCCUCACACCAUCCCAGGUAGGAGAUGCAGCACUGUCUAUAUUACAUAGCAUGGUAUCUGCACAUUCAGACUUAGAUGAUGCUGGAGAGAUAGUUACCCCUACACCAAGGGUGAAGCGUAUCUUGUCAAGUCCUCGUUGUCUUCCACAUAUUGCGCAGGCUAUGCUUUCUGGGGAACCAAAUAUUGUGGAGGCUGCUGCAUCAUUGCUGAAAGCUGUUGUUACGAGAAAUCCCAAGGCCAUGAUACGUCUUUACAGCACAGGCACAUUCUAUUUUGCAUUGGCAUACCCUGGUUCCAAUCUCUUUUCCAUUGCACAACUGUUUGCUGUGACUCAUGUCCAUCAAGCAUUCCAUGGUGGUGAAGAAGCUGCUGUUUCCUCAUCAUUGCCUCUGGCAAAACGCAGUGUGUUGGGUGGGCUUCUCCCUGAAUCCUUGCUCUAUGUACUGGAGCGUAGUGGUCCAGCGGCAUUUGCAGCUGCAAUGGUUUCCGAUUCUGAUACUCCAGAAAUUAUUUGGACACACAAAAUGCGAGCAGAAAAUCUGAUUCGUCAGGUUUUGCAGCAUCUGGGUGAUUUUACCCAGAAAUUGUCACAGCACUGUCAUUUUCUAUACGAGUAUGCCCCCAUGCCACCAGUAACAUACCCGGAGCUAAGAGAUGAAAUGUGGUGCCACCGUUACUACCUUCGAAACUUAUGUGAUGAGAUUCGCUUUCCCAAUUGGCCAAUUGUUGAACAUGUUGAGUUUCUGCAGUCAUUAUUGGUAAUGUGGCGUGAAGAGUUAACACGAAGACCUAUGGAUCUAUCUGAAGAAGAAGCUUGUAGAAUAUUAGAAAUAUCACUAGAAGAUGUCUCAAGCGAUGAUGCCAAAAAGCAGCGUUCUUUUGAGACUUCUGAGGAGAUAACUAGCAUAUCAAAGCAGAUUGAGAAUAUUGAUGAAGAAAAGCUCAAGCGCCAAUAUAGAAAACUUGCAAUGAAAUACCACCCUGACAAAAAUCCUGAGGGAAGGGAGAAGUUUCUCGCAGUGCAGAAAGCUUAUGAACGCCUUCAGGCCACCAUGCAAGGCUUGCAAGGUCCUCAGCCUUGGAGGUUGCUGCUUUUAUUGAAAGGACAGUGCAUCUUGUACAGAAGAUAUGGAGAUGUACUGGAGCCUUUCAAAUAUGCUGGCUAUCCCAUGUUACUGAAUGCAAUUACUGUGGAUGAAGUUGACAACAAUUUUCUUUCUUCUGAUAGAGCUCCUUUGCUUACUGCAGCAUCAGAGCUUACUUGGUUGACGUGUGAAUCUUCUUCAUUAAAUGGUGAGGAGCUUGUUAGGGAUGGAGGGAUACAACUGCUUGCAACUCUUCUUUCUCGUUGCAUGUGUGUGGUUCAACCAACUACUUCUGCAAGUGAACCAUCCGCCAUUAUUGUUACGAAUGUGAUGCGAACCUUUUCUGUUUUGAGUCAAUUUGAAAGUGCCAGGGCUGAGAUGCUUGAAUUAACUGGACUAGUAAAUGACAUUGUGCACUGCACAGAACUUGAGCUUGCACCUGAUGCUGUUGAUGCUGCCCUCCAGACUAUUGCCCGUGUUUCUGUGUCCUCUGGAUUGCAAGAUGCCUUAUUGAAGGCGGGUGUGCUUUGGUACCUUUUACCGUUGUUGCUUCAGUAUGACUCAACUGCCGAGGAAUCUGAUAAGACAGAGUCACAUGGUGUUGGUUCUAGUGUUCAGAUUGCAAAAAAUAUGCAUGCAGUUCGAGCAUCUCAGGCCUUAUCCAGACUCAGUGGCUUGUGUACUGAUGGGAGUUCAACACCUUAUAAUGCAGCAGCUGCUGAUGCACUUAGAGCUUUACUAACUCCUAAACUUGCAAGUAUGUUGAAAGAUCAAUUCCCAAAAGACCUACUAUCCAAAUUAAACACGAAUUUGGAGUCUCCAGAGAUUAUCUGGAACUCAUCAACUCGAGCAGAAUUACUGAAAUUUGUUGAUCAGCAACGUGCUAGCCUGGGUCCUGAUGGGUCAUAUGACUUGAAAGAUUCACAAGUGUUUUUGUACGAUGCACUGUCCAAAGAACUCUUCAUUGGCAAUGUUUACUUGAGGGUCUACAAUGAUCAGCCAGAGUUUGAGAUUAGUGAACCAGAAGCAUUCUGUGUUGCUCUAAUUGAUUUCAUAUCAUUUUUAGUCCAAAACCAAUUUUCUGUAGGCUCUGAUGCUCAGAAGAAGCUUGAUUCCAGUAGCUCAUCUCUUGAAACAUCAGAGAUUCAAAAUAGUACUGCAGAUGAAUCUAUAAAUGGACACGUGAUGGAUGAUUCAUCAGCAGUCUCAGAUGGAAAAUCAGCAGAUAGAGAGGAGUUGGAACUGGUCAAAAACCUUAAACUGGGAUUGACAUCACUUAAGAACUUAUUGACAAGUAAUCCAAAUUUGGCGUCCAUAUUUUCUUCUAAAGAGAAGCUACUGCCUCUCUUUGAAUGUUUUUCGGUACCUGUUGCACCAGAAAGCAACAUUCCUCAACUUUGCCUUGGCGUUCUGUCUCUCCUGACUACAUAUGCUCCUUGCUUGGAGGCUAUGGUUGCUGAUGGGUCCAGUCUUCUUCUUUUGCUACAAAUGCUUCACUCUGCUCCAACUUGCCGUGAAGGGGUUCUUCAUGUUCUUUAUGCUUUGGCUAGCACUCCAGAACUUGCUUGGGCAGCUGCCAAGCAUGGUGGAGUUGUGUACAUUCUGGAACUCCUCUUGCCUUUGCAAAAAGAUAUUCCCUUACAACAGAGAGCAGCAGCUGCCUCUUUAUUGGGAAAGCUUGUUGGUCAGCCAAUGCAUGGGCCCAGAGUUGCGAUAACCCUGGCAAGAUUUCUUCCAGAUGGCCUGGUAUCAGUUGUUAGGGAUGGCCCUGGUGAGGCUGUUGUAUCUGCACUUGAACUAACAACAGAGACACCAGAGCUUGUAUGGACCCCUGCAAUGGCAGCAUCUUUAUCUGCACAGAUUGCCACUAUGGCAUCUGACUUGUAUCGUGAACAGAUGAAAGGUCGUGUUGUUGAUUGGGAUGUUCCUGAGCAGGCUUCUGGACAACAGGAAAUGAGAGAUGAACCACAGGUUGGUGGAAUCUAUGUGAGACUGUUCCUUAAGGAUCCCAAAUUUCCUCUAAGAAAUCCAAAGAGAUUCUUGGAAGGGCUACUGGAUCAAUAUUUAUCAUCCAUUGCGGCCACACAUUAUGAUAUACAAGCUGUUGAUCCUGAGCUUCCUUUACUUCUUUCUGCUGCUUUGGUUUCUUUGCUGCGUGUGCACCCUGCACUUGCAGAUCAUGUUGGGUAUCUUGGAUAUGUACCCAAACUUGUGGCUGCUGUGGCCUAUGAGGGAAGGCGAGAAACAAUGUCAUCAGAGGAGGUGCAAAAUGGCAACUAUGCGGAUAAAACAUAUGAAUCUGAUGAUGGAACUACGCCACCUGCACAAACUCCACAGGAACGUGUGCGCCUUAGUUGUUUGCGUGUCCUACAUCAACUUGCAGCGAGUACAAUAUGUGCCGAGGCCAUGGCAGCAACUAGUGUAGGAACGCCGCAGGUUGUUCCACUUCUAAUGAAAGCUAUUGGAUGGCAAGGUGGAAGCAUACUUGCCCUUGAGACAUUAAAACGAGUUAUAGUUGCCGGAAAUCGUGCACGGGAUGCAUUAGUUGCCCAAGGACUGAAGGUGGGUCUUGUGGAAGUACUUCUUGGCCUUCUGGACUGGAGGGCUGGGGGAAGGAAUGGACUUUGCUCUCAGAUGAAGUGGAAUGAAUCAGAAGCAUCUAUUGGCAGGGUGCUUGCAGUUGAGGUUUUGCAUGCAUUUGCAACAGAAGGAGCACAUUGUAAUAAAGUGCGCGAGAUAUUAAAUGCCUCUGAUGUUUGGAGUGCCUAUAAAGACCAGAAACAUGAUCUCUUCCUUCCUUCAAGUGCCCAAUCUGCUGCUGCAGGUGUUGCUGGUUUAAUUGAGAAUUCAUCAUCAAGACUGACUUAUGCCCUUACAGCUCCCCCACUGCAACCUGCUCAAGCAAGACCACCUGCAUCUACCACAUUGGACUCAAAUGGGAAGCAGGAUCCUUUUUCAUGAGUGUCAAGUGUUGACCUAGUAUUUUAGAAAGCAUCAUACCUUUCUGUAUAGUUUGUGUACAGCUUACUUACCUCUCCAAUUUUUCUUUCCUUUCGUUUCCUUUUCUUCUUCUUCUUCUUCUUCUUCUUCUUUUGUCUAUUUGGGCCGCAUACACCCUCAGGUUUGCAUUUGACAACUGAGGCAGCAUUUACUAUUUUGCGAAAAUUAAAGGGGAAAAUUUUCAUGUAUAGUGCAGAAUAGUUGUAUAUUUAUUUGGCUAUUGCCAUAUUUGCUAUAAAUAGGUGAGGUGAUUUUCGUGUGAA